CAUUUUUCUUCUCUUAUGUUAUUUAUGAUCUACGCUAACCCCCAAACGUCCAAGGAUUUUUAAUAAUAUCUAUCAGAAAAAUACUGCUUUCUUCUAAUUCUUGGCCCCAUGGAAGAUUACUUUGAGAUCCCGAAGGUGGACUUGUUACAAAAAAAAUGCACCAUUUGCCACAAAGUGUACGUGCAUAGGAAGAGUUUGUAUGCACACUUACGUUUUGAUCACGAUUUGGAACCCCGGCCCCAAAGAAAGGAAUUUGCGUGUGAAAUGUGCGAGAAAGCGUACUGCUCCCAACCUGGUUUGAAGAACCACGUCAAAAGGAGCCACUGCACUGACGACGCUGAGCAAAUCAAUGAAAACAGUGCUGUGAGUGUGAAUAGGGAGCCUAGGAUUUUGUGCCCCCAUGAGACUUGCUGGGAGAAAUUCUCACACUACAAGCACUUGAGGGACCACAUUCUUAAAGCCCAUGACGUCGAGAUUGAUCUCGAAACAUAUGAGUUUGACUCCAUUGAUGACUUUGAAUUUUGGAAACUGCAAGUCCAGCAAGAAACCACCUCCUACUAUACAUUGGAUACUUCCAGCAAGCAGUUAUCCAAUGGAGUGCAGAAGAAAUACUUCAACUGCCACCGUUCAUACAAGUUCAAGUCUAAGGGAAAGAAUAUCCGCAAGUUGAAAUCGUGCGGCUCAAUUAAAAUAGGAAAAGCUUGCCCAUCGCGAAUGGAAGUUACGAUAAAGAACGAGAACGUGCAAGUGAAUUUUUGGAGCAGCCACUACGGCCAUGAAGUGCAUCCUUGCACUGUGCCUUUGGAAAACGACGCAGUUCUUCGCAGCCAUAAAGCCAGCUUGAACAUUUCAAGGGAGCAGAUCGAAGUCAUUCGCGAGGGCAGAGAAUGGCUGAUAAGUUCGCAAAACGGGCCCCAAAAGAAUUACGUAACUCUGAUCAAACAAACGUGUUUAGAGCCGUGCUUGAUGUGCAAGAAGUGUAAUAUCUGCGUGCACACAUUCAAAUGUUCAUGCAUUGAGCAUGUGGUAAAAAACCUGAUUUGCAAACACAUUCAUGGCAUUGCCAGGGUGUUCGUAUUUCAACUUCCCAUAACCGAUGUUCAAGAUCAGGAGUCAAGUUCCUCGUACUCCGCAGAAAUAGACCAAAAGGUUCAAUUGAUUUCGAAGUUGUGCAAUGAGGUGGAGAUUGACGAAGAAAAAUGUUUGCUGAUACAGAACUAUUUGGACUUGGCUAUCAGGGUCUUGAGUGAGAGGCUUGCCUCGUCCUUAUCCACAAUUGACGACUUGAUAGUUCAUUCGGAGCCGGAACAAGAGCUAAAAAUGGAAGCAGAAAAAAAUAGCACAACUUUACAAACAGACCAGCCGGUCUUGAUCCAUAGCAGCUUCGAUCACACUUACUUAUAACUUAUCCAAUACAUUCAAAUGUAUUUGAAUUUGAAUAUGUGGUCAACUGUCAACAGAACAAGCAGGAUUCUCAUCUUUUCACCAUGCCAUCACGAACAGUGGCCAUAGAGAAAGUAAGAUAAUUUUCUUAGGUGCUCAUGUACUUUAUGUCUGUCGGAGUUUCGCGUUCUUUUUAAUUUUCCCUUAAAGUACUAUCAAAAUAAAGCAGUUUAGUUGGAAAAAA